GGGGAAGUUUAAUCAUUCCGCAGCAAUCUUGGUCUCUUUCACUGGGCAUGCUCAGUGGCCGGGUCCCGCUCCGGUGGCGAGUGGUUGCCCUUGGCGCUGGGCUGGAGCAGGCGGCCGCCUCCGCACGGCUUCCCGAAGCGCAGGCUGGGCAGAGCCGCGUCUGAGCCGGGAGCUAGACGCGUCCCCGCCGUCCCCGCCCCGGGCCCCCGUGACUGCGGCUUGGUUCCGGAACCCGGGAGCCCCUAACUUCGCGCCAAGUUUGGAGCCGCCUCCGGGGGGGGGGGGGGGUCAUGCAAGUGAUGACCCGGGACACUUUGCUAGAAAUGGAGGAGGAGGACGACGAGGAUGGAGAUAUCGGUGAUGAUCCUGCCUCCAGGAGGCCUUUUCUGACUCCACACACACACCUCUCAUCCAGUCUGGUGUUGGAAAACCUUGGACAGACUUUUGUCUCCAAUUUUGAAACACAUGAGAUUCGAACACCAGACUUCGGACUAGGUAGGAAGAGGGUUCUAUCUCCAGAUAAUAAGGCUCAAGAAGAAGAGGAGCCACACAGCCUUUGGCAGGAAGAAUUUAAUGGAAAACCUGGUUCCCUCUUUUUUAAUGAUGGCCAGAGAAGAAUCGACUUUGUUCUAGUGUAUGAAGAUGAAAGUAAAAAAGAGAACAAUAAAAAGGGUUCAAAUGAAAAACAACGGAGGAAAAGACGAGCAUAUGAGUCUAAUCUCAUCUGUGAUGGCCUGCAGCUAGAAGCAACUAGAUCAGUUUUGGAUGACAAGCUUGUAUUUGUAAAAGUACACGCACCUUGGGAGGUGUUAUGCACGUAUGCUGAGAUAAUGCACAUCAAAUUGCCUCUAAAACCCAAUGAUCUGAAAACCCGGUUCUCAGCCUUUGAUAGUUUCAACUGGUUUACCAAACUCCUCAGAGUGGAUGAAACUCUCAUCAAGCCAGAGCAAGAGUUUUUCACUGCCCCAUUUGAGAAGAACCGGAUGAACGAUUUUUACAUUCAUGAUAGAGAUACCUUCUUCAAUCCAGCCACCAGAAGCCGCAUUGUUUACUUCAUCCUCUCCCGGGUCAAGUAUCAAGUAAGGGACAACGUUAACAAGUUUGGGAUUAACAAACUUGUAAGCUCUGGCAUCUACAAGGCAGCUUUCCCUCUCCAUGAUUGUCAGUUCAACCACCGAUCAGAGGAUCCCAGCUGCCCUAAUGAACGAUACCUUUUGUAUAGGGAAUGGGCUCAUCCUCGAAGCGUAUACAAAAAGCAGCCCUUGGACCUUAUCAGGAAAUACUAUGGAGAGAAGAUUGGAAUCUAUUUUGCUUGGCUGGGCUAUUACACACAGAUGCUUCUGCUGGCAGCAGUUGUAGGAGUGGCUUGCUUUCUCUAUGGAUAUUUUAAUCAAGAUAACUGUACAUGGAGCAAAGAAGUGUGUAAUCCUGAUAUAGGCGGCAAGAUCAUAAUGUGUCCUCAGUGUGACAGGCUUUGUCCAUUUUGGAGACUCAAUAUUACUUGCGAGUCCUCGAAGAAACUGUGUAUCUUUGACAGCUUUGGAACCCUAGUCUUUGCAGUAUUUAUGGGAGUUUGGGUUACCUUGUUCUUGGAGUUUUGGAAACGGCGUCAAGCAGAACUUGAAUAUGAAUGGGACACUGUUGAAUUACAGCAGGAAGAACAACCCCGGCCAGAAUAUGAAGCACGGUGUACUCACGUGGUGAUAAAUGAGAUUACUCAGGAAGAAGAGCGUGUUCCUUUUACCACCUGGGGAAAGUGUAUACGGGUAACCCUCUGUACAAGUGCUGUCUUGUUCUGGAUCCUAUUGAUCAUCGCUUCAGUUAUUGGGAUCAUUGUCUACAGGCUGUCAGUGUUCAUUGUAUUUUCUGCAAAACUUCCCAAGCACUUUAAUGGAACAGACCCAAUCCAGAAGUAUCUGACUCCACAGACAGCCACAUCCAUCACUGCUUCCAUCAUCAGUUUUAUCAUUAUUAUGAUUCUGAACACCAUAUAUGAAAGAGUGGCAAUCAUGAUUACUAACUUUGAGCUCCCAAGGACCCAGACUGAUUAUGAAAACAGCCUAACCAUGAAGAUGUUUCUAUUCCAGUUUGUCAACUACUAUUCUUCAUGUUUCUACAUAGCGUUCUUUAAAGGCAAAUUCGUGGGUUAUCCAGGAGACCCAGUAUAUUGGCUGGGGAAAUACAGAAAUGAAGAGUGUGAUCCAGGCGGCUGUCUCCUUGAACUGACAACUCAGCUGACAAUAAUCAUGGGAGGAAAAGCAAUCUGGAAUAACAUACAAGAAGUAUUACUUCCCUGGAUCAUGAAUCUAAUUGGACGGUUUCACAGAGUUUCGGGAUCAGAAAAGAUAACCCCACGAUGGGAAAAGGACUACCAUCUGCAGCCCAUGGGCAAACUGGGAUUAUUUUAUGAAUAUCUUGAAAUGAUUAUUCAGUUUGGGUUCGUCACCUUAUUUGUGGCCUCUUUCCCACUGGCACCUCUGUUGGCUCUGGUGAACAAUAUAUUGGAAAUAAGAGUGGACGCAUGGAAAAUGACAACCCAGUAUAGACGUAUGGUGCCAGAAAAAGCCCAGGACAUCGGCGCAUGGCAGCCCAUCAUGCAAGGAAUAGCAAUUCUGGCUGUGGUGACCAAUGCCAUGAUCAUUGCUUUCACAUCAGACAUGAUCCCCCGCCUGGUGUAUUACUGGUCCUUCUCCGUCCCUCCCUACGGGGAGCACAGCCACUACACCAUGGAUGGGUACAUCAACAGCACUCUCUCCAUCUUCAACAUCAUGGACUUCAAAAACGAACGCCUGGAAAAUCCAUACUCUGGACUUGGCAACCAUACCACAUGCAGGUAUCGUGAUUUUCGGUAUCCUCCUGGACACCCACGAGAGUAUAAACACAACAUUUACUAUUGGCAUGUGAUCGCAGCUAAACUGGCUUUUAUCAUUGUCAUGGAGCACAUCAUCUACUCUGUGAAAUUCUUCAUUUCAUAUGCAAUUCCAGAUGUCUCGAAGAGCACGAAGAGCAAGAUCAAGAGAGAAAAAUACCUAACCCAAAAGCUUCUUCAUGAGAAUCACCUCAAGGAUGUGACGAAUAUGGGGGUUAUAGCUAAGAAGGUGACAGAGGUAGUAGGUAACAAUUUACGACCAAAAUCCGAAUAAGAGCUUUAUGUUCUGAGAAGCACUUUAAAGAAUUUAGCUCUGUCAAAAUAUAUUGUGAAUCACUAAUAGGAAUGUUUAAGUGAAAUCACUUUGGCAAAUAUGAGUCUUAACUGUUGCUAUUUCCAUGUAGAUAAUUUUUCAGUAGCAACGCAGGCACUGGAAAAUGUACCACUUAGAUCAAGAAGGGCAUAAAACUAACCACCUGGAAAUCCUAAAAUGUUACUUUUUUAUAUAAAUUGGAAUUUUAGUAACACAAAAAAGUCUCUUAGUGUGCUUAAAACCAUCCCUUCUAAAGCAGGAUGGAUUCUUUUUUCCCCCCUCUCUCUGAGUUUGAUUGCUUUUUGUUCCUUUCUGUUCUCAGACAUUGACCACCUUUAUUUUUAGGCAGUGUUUCAUUUCUUCAUUUUGCCAGAUCUGUUCCAGAGCUCUCUUUCCCUUAAGUACCAUCAUUAAAGAUUAGACAUGCCACUGCCUUAAUAGCUUUUGUGUGAUUAAAAAUAGCUAAGUCAGAAUUCAGUUUGAAUGCUGUAUUAAGUGGCAAAUAGACUCAAGAACUCACAAUAUUUAGGUGUAUUUAUCACACCCUUCCAGAAAGGGAAGCCUCAGUUAAGAACACGAAGGAGUUUUGGCCUAUCUUUCCAUCUCAAAGAAAUACUCUUAAUGGAUUGGAAUGAAGAUAGCAAGGUUUUGAAGCAUACUGGUACUAAUCCACAGUGACAUCGUUUAUCUCCAGGAGCACUCCUAGAAUGUUCUGUGUUUAAUCAAUGUUGACCGCUUUGCAAACCUCAAAGGAAUAAGAUGACAAAAGUGGGGAAAGUUGCAGAUUCUAAUAGAGUUGUAACUCAUAUUGACCAGGGUAAUUAAUUUACCUUUUCUAAGGCUGUGUCGUUUCUUGAGAAAAAUGAAAUCAAGUGAUUAAAAUUACAUUUUUAUCAACUUAACAGUCCAGCAGAGAGAAGCCCAUCAAUUUCCCAUCAGUAGAUACAGGAUAUGUAGUAGUACAGAUCAGCAAGCAUCGUCGUGAAUGGCUCGCUGCAUAGCCAACGUGACAUGAGAAUGCUGUACGUGGUUGACAGAACCACAAGUGCCCUAAUUGUGACCCACACUGACUGUGUUCCUUGUGUGGGGAGUACCUUCCUUACAGGGAUUCUGCAUGACAUGGGUUUCUCUCUAUAUGCCAAAGUGAUCAACAUACCAAAGCAUCUGCCGUAAUGAAUGUGGCUUCCUUGCACCCUCCAGUCUCUUACUCCCAGCUCAGUAUCAAGUGUGUAAUUGUACAUUUGUACUAGAGGAGUGUUGGCGGUGGAGGAAGGUAGAGACGGGUAUACCCAGAUUAUUCCUAAUCCAGAAAAGAGACUGAUUUGAGCUUUCAGCCUCCUUUAGAGUCAGACAGUUAAGGAUAAAAAAAGGAGAGUGGUUUGGUCAUAUACCCUAACAUCAUCUGGAGGUUACUUUUUAUGGAACCCCUGCACGACCAUGCUUAUUUUGCCUUCAGUUUUGUUCAGUUUAACAGCAUUUGGUGCUCUUCACUGCCUUUUAAGUGCCAGGCCCUCGGAAGGCUCUGGAGAAGGCCCACAAGGCCUGCCUCUCUCACCUUGCUGGUGACAGGUCAGGAGAAACAAGCAACUUACCCCAUGUUCUGGUGGAUGGGUCUCACCCACUGUGAUGCUGUUAAAUGCUCAGGUGCUGCAGGAGUCAAGCUACUUAGAAUCCCAACAGCAAAGGAAAAUGAAACAUGUUUCCGUGAUCAGAUUCUAGAAGCUCGUUACAGUAGAGUAACUCCAGAUCACAAUUUUAAAUGCCUGCCAUUAAAGUAUCUACUUUUAAACACAAUAUUUAUGUUGGACUUAUCAAAGCAGUGUUCUGGACUUUGGAAUGCCCCAGUGGAUCAGGGACAGCAUUUCACUAACCUUGAUCAUGAUGUGGCCAGAGAGCACUCGAGACAGGCCACCUGAGGUCUGACUGCACGGGGAGGGAGAGAUGAAGUUCUUCCCACUAGAGGAAGCUAGUUCCACACAGCCUGCACUGGGAGUGCCACUCUUCCUCUCCCCCUACCUGUGAUACUGCUUCUGGAAGGGAGUGUCACACCCUCUCAUAUUACCUCUUCCUUCCUUCCCUGACGUGUAUGACUAUCUCCUAGUGUUUGAUUGGACAAUUACUCACUGUUUAUAUCAACAUAGAAAAAGAAGUCUUUUUACCUUAUCUCCUUGUAUAUAAAAUAGAGUUUAAGAAGAAAUGUGGAUUCAUGUUUUCAUGGCCCCAGCUGAGAAAAUCAUCUUCGUAGUUUAAGACAUGCAGCUGUAGACAGGAGAGAAAAAGCUCUGCAUUGGUGAAGGUAGCAAAUGUGAUGUAUGACAUGCUGGCAUGCCAGAAACAGCUAAGCUGUAGUGGAGACCAGGGUCGCACAUGACAUGGACAGUGGUAAUAUAAGCCUAGUGCUGACUUGUCAGCAAUGAAGGAAAAUAAAUGUGGAGUCCGUCUGCAGGCAGUAGUGGGCAGAAUCCCUGGGGAAAUUGUUGGGUGUGAUGAUGGACCCAGGCCUGCCCAGUGUUAACCACUAGAGAAAUUUUAGUUUUACAUCCUUUUGUAAUGCCUGUGAAUUUUAAUAGAUUGAAGCAUUAGACCCAAAUACUCAGGGGAUUUUUCUUUAAAUAUCCCUCAGAUAUUUUAGAUCUGUCAUUAGAAAGGGAACCCAAAAACCAAAACCAAACCCAGUGCCGUCUACUCAAUUCCAACUCAUAGCGACCCUACAGCAUCCCUAUAGGACAGAGUAGAACUGCCCCGUAGAGUUUCCAAGGAGCGCCUGGCGGAUUGGAACUGCCGACCUUUUGGUUAGCAGCCGUAGCACUUAACCACUACGCCACCAGGGUUUCCUAGAAAGGGAAAGCUAUCGUUUUUGCUUAAAAACUAAAAAAGCCAUCUUGUAAACUGUCACCAAGUUCUUCUUUUUUUACUGCAUGUAUAUCUUGAAUUUCAGGAAGCAUUAGUUCACAAUAGGGGGCAGAAUGUGCCCUGUUGUUGAAACCUUUCUUGUACCAUUUUCUCAUGUUCAUAUUAUACUUUAAGAUGUUUGAAAAGUCAAAAUGCAUGAGCAGCUUAACUAAGCUAGAACUGAAAUAUUGAUGAUGCUUUUCAUACACUGUGGUAUAAAAUGUAAAGUUUGUAAUUAAUGUUUGUUAAUUUCUAUGCAUUUUAAUAUUCUUUUAUAAUUAUGAGCAUUUUAUUAAAUUCAUUUAUACAAACA